CCGGGCCAGCCGGGCCAGCCGGGCCGCCGGGGCCCACUGCGCCGCGCUCGCAGCCGUUCGCGCCGUGGGCGCUCAGCUGUGGUGGCCGCGGGGCCCGAAGUCGGAGCGGAGAAGGGGGCGAGGGCGGGGCCCAGGCGCCCGCCGCCCCGAAGGCAGGAUGAGCAUCGAGAUCCCGGCGGGACUGACGGAGCUGCUGCAGGGCUUCACGGUGGAGGUGCUGCGGCACCAGCCCGCGGACCUGCUGGAGUUCGCGCUGCAGCACUUCACGCGCCUGCAGCAGGAGAACGAGCGCAAAGGCGCCGCGCGCUUCGGCCAUGAGGGCAGGACCUGGGGGGACGCGGGCGCCGCCGCCGCCGGGGGCGGCACCCCCAGCAAGGGGGUCAACUUCGCCGAGGAACCCAUGCAUUCCGACUCCGAGAACGGGGAGGAGGAGGAAGAAGAGGAGGCCGCGGACGCAGGGGCGUUCAACGCUCCAGUAAUAAACCGAUUCACAAGGCGUGCCUCCGUCUGUGCAGAAGCCUACAACCCUGAUGAAGAAGAAGAUGAUGCCGAGUCCAGGAUCAUACAUCCAAAAACCGACGAUCAACGGAAUAGAUUGCAGGAGGCUUGCAAAGACAUCCUGCUGUUUAAGAACCUGGAUCCGGAGCAGAUGUCUCAGGUGUUGGACGCCAUGUUCGAAAAGCAGGUCAAGGAAGGAGAGCACGUCAUCGACCAAGGUGAUGACGGGGACAACUUUUACGUCAUCGACAGAGGGACGUUUGACAUUUACGUCAAGUGUGACGGUGUGGGGAGAUGCGUCGGCAACUACGAUAACCGAGGGAGUUUCGGCGAGCUGGCCUUAAUGUACAACACGCCCAGAGCAGCUACAAUCACCGCUACCUCUCCCGGUGCCCUGUGGGGCCUGGACAGGGUAACCUUCCGGAGAAUAAUUGUGAAAAACAAUGCCAAAAAGAGAAAAAUGUAUGAGAGCUUUAUCGAGUCACUGCCAUUCCUCAAAUCGCUGGAGGUUUCUGAACGCCUCAAAGUGGUGGAUGUGAUAGGCACCAAAGUGUACAAUGAUGGAGAACAGAUCAUCGCUCAGGGAGAUUUGGCUGAUUCUUUCUUCAUCGUCGAGUCUGGAGAAGUGAAAAUUACCAUGAAGAGAAAGGGCAAAUCUGAAGUGGAAGAGAAUGGCGCCGUGGAAAUCGCCCGCUGUUCUAGGGGACAGUACUUCGGGGAGCUGGCCCUGGUGACGAACAAACCUCGGGCAGCUUCUGCCCACGCCAUCGGGACCGUCAAAUGCCUAGCCAUGGAUGUGCAAGCCUUUGAAAGGCUUCUGGGGCCUUGCAUGGAGAUCAUGAAAAGGAACAUCGCCACAUACGAAGAGCAGUUGGUGGCCCUGUUUGGCACGAACAUGGAUAUCGUCGAACCUACUGCAUGAAGCAAAAGGACGCUGCAAGAGACCCCCAAGUGACCAGUGACGCAGUAGUGGUUAGCCCGUUGAGGAUGUGUUUGUCUAGAUGCCAAGCAUUUUCUGUGAUUUCAGAUUUCUUUUCUGUAUCUUUUUUUUUUUUUACAUUUAUGAUAUAUCAGUCAACAGUAGAGACUAAUAGUCAAUAGGCUUUCCCAUCACUUUCUAAAGAGUAGUUCAUAAAAAAAAAGUCAGCAUAUUGGUAAAAAUGGCUUUCUACUCCACAAAAUGGUUGGACUGAAAGGUUUAUUCAGAUGAUUGUAAUAUAUUGAAAGUAUAUGUGUUUAAGAAGAUAAUUAAAAUAUGCUAUCCUGGAUGAUAUAUGUGUUUCACUUAUUCAGUUGAUAAUCAUAUUAAGGACUGUGCCCAUGUAAGAGGGACCUUGGCAGCGAAUCUCUCCUUUUAUAACUCAUUAUAUAUAUUGCAAAACUUUUAAUCAUUCUUGUUUCAAACUUUUUCUGGCUUGAUAAGUUAUAUACUGGCCUUGGCCUAUUGGUGAAAUGGUAUAAAGCAUCAUAUGCAAUUUUAAAACUUUUUAUAAUUUUUGCAGUAACAUACAUUUUGACUUCUCUGAUGUGAUGUCAGUAGCCUGCAUAUUCCAGCAGUUUUAAGGACUGGCAAUGUACUCAUUAUGAUUGAAGAGAUGGGGAAAGUAUUUGUUUUCUUAGUUGGAAGAUCUUAGUUGGAAGAUUUUUUCAUCCUGGAUGUAAUCUUCUUUUCAUUUUGCAGUUGUCCACAUUUUUUUUUUUAUCUUUUAAAACUUUUGGUCUUGACACUGAAGGUCGCAAAGAGGUUGUGGGUUUUUUUUUGAUUCAUUUUGGUUUUUUUUAAGCUACUUAGGCUUAUUGAAGCCAACAUUUUUAAAUUCUAAGCUCUAACCCUUCAAAAAACAAAAACUCACCUUUGCUAGAAAGAUUUUGGGAUUCUUAUCAGCGUGGUCCCAGGAAAGCCGUUUGGUCCAGCCCGUGCCCGGGGUGACACAGUCCUGGGCUCUCCGUUCCUGUUCUGCUAACCCACGAUCUGUCUCAUCACUUAGUAACUGGUGCCGUUCAUCUCUCGUUUUUUUUUCCCCUCUUAAAGAUGGUUGAAAGAAAUUUGUCCGAACAAAACCUGCUGUGCUGAGGAAAGGAGCUUCAGCCCCCACCGCUGAAACCAUUAGGCCUCGCCAUUUGCUUCCACGUAGACUCAGUAGUUUCGAAGUGCAGCAUGAACUCAGCCCUCCUAGACUCCCGUUGCUCGCUGAUAGGAUUCUUGCCCUGCCACAUGAGAUGGCUUUGAUUCUGUCCAACCAAAGCACUGUACCCUUCCAUGUUCUCUGGGCCUUCAAGACCCUGAUGGCUAGGGACAUUGAUUCUAACCAGUUGCUUGCUUUUUCAGUGAGCAGCCUGGUUUGGGGAAACAUGUUUCAAAAGCAUCUCUACAUGGGUAAAAUUGUUUUGUGGCUAUGUUGGUCUUAUUAGAGAAUGUUUAUGGUCCGACUCGCGUAUGAAAACAUGGUCAGAAUGUUCACUGGAUAAUGUAUAUACAAGAAGUUUAAGAAGUAUUAUGUGAAGUAUAACUUCAGCCACGUUUUAACAUUUUAGAAUGCUGUUUGACAUUUUUGUGAAGUCUUCUUGUAGGAAAAGGGAACUUUCUACAUGACUUGUUUUGGAUUGGGGGAUUUAUUUUAAAAGCCAUGUCUGUUAAAAAUACAAAUGAACUCAAAUUCCUGGUUCAUCAUUCUGUAUUCUUUAUUCACUUUUUCAAGUUACCUUUUUUUGUUGCAUAAGCUGAUUGUCAACUAUUCAUGGAACAGCAAAACAAAUGCCUGUUUAAUAAAGAACUCUGACCAAGGCUAUGUAAGCCAGUUACAUUAUUUUCAGUAUUGGUUAUAUUUAAAUUUUCCUUAUAAUAAAGCACACUUUUAUAAUAAAACACAUGAAUGACUGUU